AUGGCUCUCCCACCUCAGCCCGCCCACCAAGCGAGCUUUGGCAUGGAGUCGUACGCACCCCAAGCCGCGCCUUUUGGUCAAUCCCAAUCCUUCCAACGCUGCGCCGUGCCGUCCGCCAUGCAUGCUGGAAGCCCCCGAGUUGCCGGUCGCAAACGUUCGCGCGACGAGGCCGCUCCCAACCUUACAACCGACGAGCCUGAGCCACACUCCAGCCCCAAAGAACCCGAGGAAGAGUGGGAGUACGGCCCCGGCAUGGUUCUCAUCAAGAAAGGUGGCUAUGUUGCGGAUGCUAGCAGCCAGUCGGGCACCUGGGUUGAGGAAAAAGCCGCCCAGGACAACGCCCGCAAAGUCAAGGAAGCAAUCACUCGUCUCCAUGAGCAGCAACAACGCCCAUCCCUCCGCAGUAACAAGUCUCAACGCUUGACCCAAAACGACCUCCACAGUCUUCAAGCCGUCACACAGCCGGCAAUUAUUUCCGCCUCCGAGACCCUCCCUCUCGAGAACUUGGCGCAACCCGUCGUCGACCAAUUCACACUACACCUUGGCAUUGGCUGGAGACGCAUCAGCGAAGACCAACAUAUUCAAGCUGCGGCACGUGGCUGGGCCCGGUACAUUGAGAAUCACUAUCCAGUGUGUUCGGUCGUCAUUCGACUCGAAAGCAAGGGCCUUCAAUCAUAUCUCGUUGAGGCCGCGGAGGGCUUCUUCCUCUUUGCCGAAGAUCUUCGUCAAGGCCGGUUCGUCAGCAAGGAUGUGGAAGGCGCCUUGAGGAAUCUUAAGUGUUCGCCUCCCGUUUUUGACGGCCAGGAGACUCUAUUCGCAACGGAGUCGCCAGCAGCAACCGAGUUGAGCAAUACAGUAUUCGCAACGGAGGCCGACAGUCACAUGGAGAUGUAG